AUGGACAAUAUGAGACACAACUCAUGGGCAAUACCAGACAAAACCCACGACAAUACCAGACACAACCCACGACAAUACAAGACACAACCUAUGGACAAUAUCAAACACAACCCAUGGAUAAUACCAGACACAACCCACGGACAAUAUGAGACACAACCUAUGGACAAUACCAAACAAAACCCAUUGACAAUACCAGACACAACCUAUAGACAAUACAAGACACAACACCAGACACAAACCAGGCACAAUACCAAAUGCAACCCAUUGACAAUACCAGACACAGUUCAUGGACAGAUGUGGCACUGCUUCUGGAAAAAGCAGAUGAUUUUUAUAAUCUGCUACAACACUAUUAAUGCAGGGGCAUCACAACUACAAGGAUCCAUAAAGAGAAAGCUGGAAGAUGACAGUUCCCCUGUGUCCUCUGGCAUAAACGAUAUUAUAUUUUCAAGUGACAACAAACGACUCUGUCUCGACGAUGUUACACUUCCUAUGGGCCAAACACAAAGCAGCAGCUCAAGUGUACCAUGCUCUGAUUUGCAGCAUUCUCCUUUCUCUGCCAAUCACAGUGCUUCAUCCAUGGGGGUUGGUGGACAUCAAGUUUUACUUGAAAAUAACCACAUGAAUGGGAGAGGGAUGGCUUCUCCGUUCUCAAAUGCAGAAAUGAGUCAGAAAGUCUCAUAUGAAGAAAAGAAUACCAAUCUACAAUCUAUGGACCAAGAACUGCAGGACCUCUUGGAAGAGUUAACCAAAAUGCCUGAUCCAUCUCCAAAUGACUUGGAUCUUGAGAAAAUCUUGUCUGGUAAGCCAGACGAGCCACUUGUCAUGAGUCAUUCUCAACCUAAUUUGAGUUCAACUCCCAAACUCUCCCCAGCACAAUCAUCUCAUUUGGACAACCAUAUCUCUAGCAAGGAUUUCUCUGGUGGUUGUAGUUCUGCAAAUGCUGGUUCCCCCCAAAUUAGACCUUCAUCUACAGGAACCAGUUAUCCAAUUUCUUCAUCAAGCAAGCCUGCUCAGUCACCUAUUCCUGCAAAUCAGAGUAAGGGUCAGUCACAGACUAUGUUACCUGCAUCAAUUGCUAACAUGCCUGGGUCAAACUGGCAUGCACAACAAUUGAAGCAACUGGCUGCAAGUAAACAAGUACCUCCAGGCAAGCAGCAAGUGCCAACACCAAACUGGCCAACAAUAUCACCUACAGGUCUGUCUCCACCAUACAGACCUGGGUCUUCUCCUCAGCAGCCUUUCAGCCCACAAAGUGUCAUGGUAACGAGCAUGAGCACAGGAAAUUUACAGGGAAAUACUAUACAAGGUUCACAAAAUGCUAUGUUAUCAAGCAUGCCUUCAGCCAGCAACCCAAGCAACAGGCCUUCUCCACCUUAUGUAUCAGAAAAGAUUGCAAGUCCAGCUAUUAACCAGCAACCGUUCAGCCCUCAGAACUCUAUGUUGCAGAAUAUUACAACAAGCAACAUCCCAGCAAACACUAUCAAAAGUCCCCAAAACAAUAUGGUGCCAAGUAUGGCACCUGCCAAUGCUGGACCUUCACCACCCUAUCAACCAGAGAAGCUCUCAAGCCCAGCUUUGCAUCAGCAGCCAUUUAGUCCCCAGAACACAUUAAUGUCCAGUCUUACCCCUACAGGCAGCCAGUCAAGCCUACAGAAUUCUCUCUUCAAGUCAAUGACCACAAACCAGCCAAAAAAUAUGAACAUGAUUAUGCAACAGCCUUCCAAUGGCUUGCAAUCUGGGAUAGUCAAUGACAGUUCAGGAGGCCACGACCAGUUUUCCUUUAACAACACUAAGCCACUAUCUCAUUUUGCCCCCGAUUCUGCUAACCAGAAAAUGAACUUGUCAUCAAAUCCUGGAUCACUAAUCCAUUAUCUUCAGCAGCAACAACAGCAGCAGCAGCAACAACAGCAGCAGCCCCAACAUCAGCCGCCAACGGUGCAGCAGAAUCAGCAAGUUGGCAACAGUCAGUUUCUCCAACAACAGAUCAGGCAGCUGAUGCAGCCUUCAAGGAUGCAGAGACAAAUGCAGUCCAGUGCUUUGCCUCCUCAAUCCAGACAGGAUCCAAAUGUUGGAAUUGUUCCCAGAAUGCAAGAACCAGGCUCCAUACCAAGUGCAGGACCGGGGCCUACUCCUCUCACGGCUAAUGGCUACAUACGCAAUGCAAUCUUGAAGGAGCAAAUAAUGAGGCGGCAGCAGGUAAAACCCAGGCCAAAUAUGAUGAGCAUGACGUCUGAACAACGCAGCACAUUUGUAGCUCAGCAGAUGAACCAGUUUCAGAAUAUCCCCCAGUCUAUCCGAACAGACUGCAUCCAGCCUAUGCCAACACCACCCCAAGGUCAUCGAAUCAUCACAUCAACACAAGGGAUGAUUCAAGCAAACAUGGGUGCUGGGAUAACACCAACAACAAUGAAUCAGAAUAGUGGGUCAAUGGUUAUGAUGAAUACUGCAAAGCAGCAAGGCAUAUUUCCAGCAGCAUCUUCAGAUUUCAGUAUGUCGCUUAGACAAAACCAGAAUGCACUUAGUAUGGCUCCUGGCUACCAAACUGUGCAUAGCCAGUCUAACGUCCGACCUGGAAUGACACUGUCUGGACAUACCACCAGUUCAUUAAUAAAUCAUUCUGCAGCUCAGCAACAUUUACGGCAGGCCAACAUAUCAAGAAUUCCGAAUGUAUACGCCAGCCCUACUUCUCAGAUGUGGACUCAAAGUGGAGUUUCAAGAAUAACAGGUCAAAACCAAAUGGAUCCCAGUUUGCAGCAAUUUUCUAACAAUCCACUGUUCACCAAACAAAAUGUCAGACCAAAUAUGGCAAGCCAACAAUUUCCUCAUCAGGGAGUGGUUCCUCCAAACCAGAUAGCUCCUGGGGUUCAUAUUAGACAAAUGCAAAAACUUGGUCUGUCCCAGGCAAAUCAAGGUGUAGGGUCCCUAAACAACCCUAAUAUUGUGAACAGUUUGUCCCGUGGACAGCUAGCAGCCCUCAAUGCUAUGAAAGCAAUGCCUCAAGGUGUUUCAACCUUUAACCAAAUGAACCCUGGUCAACUUGGUCCACCUUCUUAUGGGCCAACGUCGGUCCAAACACCUGAAACCUUUGAUCGGAUGAACUCUGGGGCCGAUAUCCAUCAGUAUGAUUUUGUGGCAGCACAGAACAGUUCAGUACUGUCAGCAAACUGUAAUGAAGCGGAUUUCAUUGACUGCCUAAUGAAGGGUGGAGGUGGAAGCAGCAAUGAUGAAGACUGGCUAAACAAUUUGACAAUUCUUGAUGACAUAUUGGGACAGCACAAUCAGAACUCUGGUCCUGUGUAG